CCUUGGGUGUCUGUGCUAUUACGUUAUCCUCUGCGCACACGGAAGUAGCAUUAAACCAGAAAACUUCGGCUCUUGUGAGAGUUGGUCCGUGUUGUGUGUUCUCUCCGGUGUGUUACAGCUGUCGCUUCAUCUGUGAGUUAAACUUUGUGUUAUUGCGAGACAUCUGUCUGUCAGGAUGGUUGUGCUCUCCAAAGAGUAUGGAUUAGUGGUGUUGACGGGUGUUGCCAGUAUUGCCAUGGUUGGGCAUCUGGCCAUCAAAGUUGGCAAAGCUCGCAAGAAGUACGACGUGCAGUACCCUCAGAUGUACAGCGAUGAUCCAGAAACCGGAAAGAUUUUCAACUGUAUCCAGCGUGCACACCAAAACACCCUGGAGCUGUACCCGGCCUUCCUCUUCUGCCUGGCUAUUGGUGGCUUGAAUUGUCCACGUGCAGCCAGUGGACUUGGAGCUGUAUGGAUCAUUAGCAGAGAGGUGUACGCACAUGGGUACUCUACAGGAGAUCCUAAAAACAGAAGGUGGGGAGCGUUUGGCAACGUGGCUUUCCUCGGAAUGAUCCUGACCACAGCCAGCUUUGGCCGCCAACUGUUGGGUUGGACAGGACCACGGAUGGGCCGUUUCUGUAAGACGCCCGAUUGCUGUUAAGGACAGCGACUAAGCCUGGGUUUUUAGUAAUGAUAAUAACAAUAAAUACUCCUCUACAUACCUA